AUGAGUGACACAUACAGCGUGACUCUGGCUGCUCCAGCUCCCUGGGGCUUUAGACUGCAGGGGGGGAAAGACUUUAACCUGCCUCUGACCAUCUCACGGCUGACGGAUGGAGGAAAGGCAGCACAGGCUAACGUCAGUGUGGGAGAUGUGGUGCUGUCCAUUGACGGCAUCAGAACUGAUGGUAUGACCCAUCUGGAAGCCCAGAAUAAGAUCAAAGCCUGCAGCGCCAACCUGAGCCUCACACUGCAAAGAGCAUCCAGUGUUGUGAAGCCAGCCGUACCUGAUAAGGCUGACCCAGUGGACACCAUUAAACCAGUAGCUCUCAUCUCCCACUCCCACCCUCCCCCUGAGCCUGCCUCUUCCUCCAUCACCUCCACCCACUGCGCUGCCUCCCAGCCGUGUGGGUGUGGCGGUGGAGGAGGGGCGGGUGGCACCUCCAUCCCCUCUGCGUCGUCUGCGUUUAGUCCUGCCUCGUUCACCCAAAACCCCCCGUCCAAAUUCUCCGCCUCCAUCCCGGGGUACGAUCCCACCCCCACUGGGAGAUUGACAGCUGGCCCGCCCUCUCCCGUCCCUGCUGUGCCACAGCCCUCAGUGUAUAACACGCCAAUCAGGCUCUACUCCAAUGAGAACGCGUGUGAGGUUGCCAUGGGGCAGAGACGGGGCCUCCUGGACAGCCAGGGGAAUGGCAUACAGCUGAAUGGAGUGCCCCGUAAGCCCAUAGUGGAGACGGAUAUCGGUUUUUACCAUGUGCCCAGUCACGGUGACGCCAGCAGGAAGCGUAUCAUGGAGGACACAGAGGACUGGCGCCCGCGCACGGGCACGUCUCAGUCCCGCUCCUUCCGAAUCCUCGCUCAGAUCACUGGCACGGAAUCUGCUCCGUGCCCACUCCGCCUCUCCGUCAGCGACAGCCAAUCCUGUCAUGCACUGGCCAAAGUUACCAUAACAACACUUUUGAGAGACAGAUUGAGGCUGGGCGGAGUGUUUUCACCAUCUCAUCUGAACCCCCUCCUCAUUGCUCCACCUUUCUUACAACCGCCUGAGAAAAACCAGCGCUCCUCCCUGUCAUCCCACACUCAGACCAGAGGCAAGAGUGAAGAAGAAGAAGAGGCAGGGGAGGAGGAACCCAGUGCUCAUGUUACUGGUCCAGUGAAGACAAUGGUUAAAGGCUCCAGUUCUCCAAGUACAGGAGGUGCUCUUUCAGGACUGGGGACUCCUAAGUUUGGUGUGGGGGGUGUGAACUCCCCCGCGGGUCCGACGCCAGCGCGGCCCGUACCCCAGGCCCACCCUAAAGAUGAGGACACAGUGGUCCAGAAGGCUGAGCACAUUCCCGCCGGCACACGCACGCCCGUGUGUGCUCACUGCAACACCGUGAUCCGGGGGCCGUUCCUGGUGGCGAUGGGAAAAUCCUGGCAUCCUGAGGAGUUUACCUGUGCUCACUGUCACACCUCCCUGGCACAUGUGGGCUUUGUGGAGGAGCAGGGCAGUGGGCGUGGCACUGUGUACUGUGAACACUGUUAUGAAGAAUUCUUUGCUCCCACCUGUGCACGCUGCCAAGGCAAGAUCCUCGGGGAAGUGAUCAAUGCUCUGAAGCAGACUUGGCACGUGUGCUGCUUCCUUUGUGCAUCCUGUCAACAGCCAAUCAGAAACAAGACCUUCCACCUGGAGGACGGACAGCCAUACUGCCAGACAGAUUAUUACAGUCUGUUUGGGACGGGUUGCCACGGAUGUGACUUUCCCAUCGAGGCUGGAGAUAAAUUUCUGGAGGCUCUGGGAUACACCUGGCACGACACCUGCUUUGUGUGCACAGUGUGUUCCACCAGUCUGGAAGGUCAAACAUUCUUUGUGAAAAAAGACAAACCGCUGUGUAAGAAACAUGCUUACACACUGAAGGUGUGA